AUGGAUCAUAGGCGUAGGACGUCAGUGACAUCUACAUCGACCAUCCGCUCAGCCAGAGAAUCAUCCAUGCAGGUGAAGAACCCCAGAAGUCCAAGUAUAGGGAGUGCGACCCCUAAAAUGGAGGAUGAGGAAGAUGGUAAACCCAGACGUACUAGAGGACGUAAUCCACUACCACCCACCACGGGACCGCUGUUCCCUCCUCUACCACCCAAACAGCCGAAAAAUUCACCUAAAAACUCUCCUCAGGCUGCAUCGCGUUCACCUGCAGUCCGUACACCCAGCGGUCUAGCCCCACCUCCCGACAUCGUUCUUGGCCCUCCUACCGCAAGCAAUGUCCUGCCUGCGGACAGUGCAGCAUUAGAAGAGGAUGCUAUCUCAGCUAGAUCGGUCAGUCCAGACGUACAACCAGAAGCAGAAUCUGAACUGGAAAAAGUACCUGUACAAAGUCUAUCCAAUGCCAGUCUCACACCACCUCCACCAACAAGCGAAGAUACCAAUCCUGAUCCUGAUCCCGAACUUGAACCUGCAACGGACGUAAAGGAGCAGAAUGAAGGGGAGGGGAAAGAUGAUUGGGAAGAUUACAGACGUCAUAGGACAGUUAGGGGUUUUGGAAAUGUAUCGGUCAAGGAAGAACCUGGUUUAGAUGACAAUGAUAUAGAGAAUGCCAAUGAAAUUGGAAAUGAGGAAGUAACACCAGUACAUACUAGAAGUUACAAAAGAAAUGGAUUGAAUAUACCUCCUGGAUCAGGUGAGAAUACACCCUUGGCUACUACGCCUUUAUCAAAUACCGAAAGAUCUGGUUCCGCAUCUAGACAGACUAGAAAGAGGCGAGGUGAAGAUGAAUUGUUAUUGGAUGACCACCUCUUACCUGCUGAGAUUAGACGUACGAGCUUCUCAUCGAAGAAGCAGAAGAAAGAGAAAGAUGAAGAGGAAGAACAGAAGGUGGAGGAACAUGCGGUGGAAGUUGAUGACGAGCCGGAAGAACAGGAGGAGGAACAAGAGGAAGAAGAGGAGGAGGAGGAGGAGGAAGAAGAGGAAGAAGAAGAAGAAGUCAAAGAUGUUACUCGAUGUGUAUGUCACAAAGAAGAUAUCGACGUAAUGAUGAUUCAGUGUGAUCAGUGUAAUGUAUGGCAGCAUGGUGAAUGUAUGGGUAUAUGGGGUGACGAUGAAGCACCAGAUGAAUAUUUUUGCGAGGAAUGUAAGCCAGAAAGACAUCAACCGUUACUGAAAUGGAUACGGCGGCUGGGAAGAAAAUCAGGAGGAUUCGUACCGCCCUUACCUGAAAAUCUGGAAAACCUACAUAAUGAUCGGGAUGACUACCCACCGUCCCAGUCGAAACGUUGGCCGGACGGACCAUCUAAAGAGGCUCCCGAGCCAACACCUCCCCCCAAACCUUCAUCUCGCUCGCAUCACAAGAGACAAGCUACCAGUCCACAUGUCGAGACUCAGGAUGGACGAAGGAGUACUCGUGGGAGACAGCCUGCCCCCUCAAUCACUCGGGACAAACCACCUUCAAGUUCAGGCAAAAAUGAUGCUAUCAAAUCCCUUACCGGUCGUAGAGUCAGAGGAAUAUCGUCUAUAUCGCCGGAUCGAGAUUCGAAUUCACCACAACCUUUGUCUGCUAAAGAACCAAAGAGGAGAAGUACGAUGAAUUCUAGAGAUGCAGCGUAUGAGGAAGAGGUCAAAGCUGCUUUAGAAGCUAGCAGAGCGGAGAUGCUGUCGCCUCCUCAUGAAACGGAUGAGGUCGCCCAGGCGGAAGAGAAGGAGAAGGAAAGGGGCGAGAAACGACGGAGAGAUGACGAGGAUGAAGCGGAAGAUAAGGAAAGGACUAAAAAAGGGAAGAGGAAGCGAGACGAGGACGAAGGAUCGGUCGAACCUGGCAAUCUCAACAAACCUAAACAUCCUAAUCAAUAUACUUAUCGCAAACCCCCUUCCACAUUACCACAACAACCUCCAGCUGCUGCACCCUCUCCCGCUCGUAGGGUAGCUGCAUCAACCCCUGUUCCUAUAGCUCAACCAGCGCAACAUGAACACGGCACACGACGUGCUGGAGCUCUGGCAGCUGCGCCCGUGGUAUAUCACCCUUUGACACCUGAAUCGGCGAACCAUCUCUCGUGGUUCUUACCUGAUCAUCUAUCGGCUUUUGCGGAUCUCUUACCCUCAACCAACCCCAAUGCUUUAGAGGUACCUGCACCCAGAGUACUGAGCUAUCUACCUAGAAAUCAUUAUCACAAUCAACGAUAUGGACCUUUCUCAGAGGAAAGGGAUGAGAAUGGGAAGCUUGUAUUACCUGACGAACCUUCCGGAAGGGAAGUGGUGGGUGAUCAGAGUACCGCACAGCUGGACCCACCUGCCAGACCACGGUAUCCGGUGAAAAGGAUAACCACGGCUGAGAUGAAGAAGCGGGUAAGGAACGUAUUGGAGUAUGUGGGUAGGGUGCAGGUGGAGGAAGGUAAAAGGCAAGAAAGAGCCAGAUUAUUAGGGAUCAAACUCACCAAAGUGAAUUCUGCUGUUGUCGAUGGAGACUUAGAUGGAGAUGUGAAUAUGGAAGAAGAACAUCAACGACCUGAAGAGGAAGGGAAAAGGAGUUCGCCGAUGCCGGAACAAACGAAAUCGAUGCAGUUGAUGGAUGAACUUACUCAAGAUUUAAUCAAUUUCCAAGAAUCAUUCAAUUCGAGUGGAAAUGGGAAUGGGUAUGCUUCACCCAUGCCCUUGACGACCUCGACCUUCAGUAAUGGUAAUGGAGGCAUCAACAGUGUACCACCUACGCCUACUUUACCAAAUGAUCGGACGGUAUCUGAAGUACCCGUACCCACCACGGCAGUACCGUCUGAAGCCACAACUGAGACUGAAGCUGAACUCAGCGAGAAGGAUGUACUGAAGCAAGGAGAAGGUAUGGAUGUUUACCGACAGGGUAUCGUCAGUACUGUCAUUACCACCGAGGAGGAGAAAGAUGCCGCUGAGAAGGUGGGCGAGAUACUGGCUCAAGCUGAGGAAGGGAUCGAAGCUUAG